UGAUCUGUCUGCCUGGAAGACCUGAAGAAAAUAGUUUCUGUCUCUCCUGACACACAAAGAUGGCUGCAGCUCUGACUCUCCUUCUCAUUGGCUGUCUGCUGCAGAGUGUCCACUGUGGAGAGUUUAAGGUCACUAUGCCGCAGACUAUAGAAGUUCUCAGGGGAUCCUGUGUGACCAUCCCCUGCUCCUUUGAUAUAAAGGACGGAUAUAGAUCAGACUUAGAUAGAACAUGUAAAGCAAUGUGGAAAAAUGAACAAGGGACUGUUGUGUUUGACAGCAGUAAUCCACAAUCGUCUACAAUAAAAGGAAAUUUGACAGGAGACUUAACAAAAAGAGACUGCACCACAACCCUGAACAACAUGCAACCUGAACACAGCAACAAAUAUUACCUCAGAGUGGAAUGUAACAAUCGCCUGAAACAAAAUUUUAAUCAACAAAAGUUGGACAUUUCAGUAAAAAAUGAUCCUCCCAGACCGACUCUGACUCCGUCCACACUGGAGAUGGAGGAGGGAACCUCAGUGAGUUUGAAGUGCUCUGCUCCAGCUCCCUGUCUGUCUCAUCCUCCAACUCUGACAUGGACCCCCAGCCUGGGUCACAGUCAGGAGACACUGGAGGAGAAUCAGGACAAAACUAAAGUCAAGACCUCUGUUGUGACCUUCACUGCUUCUCACCUCCAUCACAGACAGGAAAUCUCCUGUACUGCCGUCUACAACAAACAAGAUGGCAGCACUGAGUCAUCUGUUAGCACAAGUUUAACAGCUGAUAUUUCACGUCCGUUUAAGGUCACUAUGCCGCCGACUAUAGAGGUUCUCAGGGGAUCCUGUGUGAACAUCCCCUGCUCCUUUGAUAUAGAGGACACAUAUACAUCAGACUUAGGUGGAACCUGUAAAGCAAUGUGGAAAAAUGAACAACAGACUGUUGUGUUUGACAGCAGUAAUCCACAAUCGUCUAUAGGAAAAUUGACAGGAGACUUAACAAAAAGAGACUGCACCACAACCCUGAACAACAUGCAACCUAAACACAGCAACAAAUUUCACCUCAGAGUGGAAUGUGACAAUCGACUGAAACAUAAUUUUAUUGGACAAAAGUUGGACAUUUCAGUAAAAAAUGAUCCUCUCAGACCGACUCUGACUCCGUCCACACUGAAGGUGGAGGAGGGAACCUCAGUGAGUUUGAAGUGCUCUGCUCCAGCUCCCUGUCUGUCUCAUCCUCCAACUCUGACAUGGACCCCCAGCCUGGGUCACAGUCAGGAGACACUGGAGGAGAAUCAGGACAAAACUAAAGUCAAGACCUCUGUUGUGACCUUCACUGCUUCUCACCUCCAUCACAGACAGGAAAUCUCCUGUACUGCCGUCUACAACAAACAAGAUGGCAGCACUGAGUCAUCUGUUAUCACAAGUUUAACAGCUGAUAUUUCAUAUUCACCCAAACACACCACAGUGUCAGUCAGUCCCUCUGGUCCAGUACCAGUAGACAGCACUGUGACUCUGACAUGCAGUAGUACUGCCAACCCAGCAGUAAGGAACUACACCUGGUACAGAGCUGAUGGAGGCCAGGAGACUUUUAUUGGGACCGGACGUGUUUUAAACAUUAAAGCUUCUGAAGUCAGUGGUCCUUUUUUCUGCAAGGCUGAAAAUGAUCUUGGAGCUGGACGAUCCAACAUCAGUCAAAUAGAUGUUCAGUAUUCACCCAAACACACCACAGUGUCAGUCAGUCCCUCUGGUCCAGUACCAGAAGACAGCACUCUGACUCUGACAUGCAGUAGUACUGCCAACCCAGCAGUAAGGAACUACACCUGGUACAGAGCUGAUGGAGGCCAGGAGACUUUUAUUGGGACUGGACGUGUUUUAAACAUUAAAGCUUCUGAAGUCAGUGGUCCUUUUUUCUGCAAGGCUGAAAAUGAUCUUGGAGCUGGACGAUCCAACAUCAGUCAAAUAGAUGUUCAGUAUUCCCCCAAACACACCACAGUGUCAGUCAGUCCCUCUGGUCCAGUUCCAGAAGACAGCACUGUGACUCUGACAUGCAGUAGUACUGCCAACCCAGCAGUAAGGAACUACACCUGGUACAGAGCUGAUGGAGGCCAGGAGACUUUUAUUGGGACCGGAUAUGUUUUAAACAUUAAAGCUUCUGAAGUCAGUGGUCCUUUUUUCUGCAAGGCUGAAAAUGAUCUUGGAGCUGGACGAUCCAACAUCAGUCAAAUAGAUGUUCAGUAUUCACCCAAACAUACCACAGUGUCGGUCAGUCCCUCUGGUCCAGUACCAGAAGACAGCACUGUGACUCUGACAUGCAGUAGUACUGCCAACCCAGCAGUAAGGAACUACACCUGGUACAGAGCUGAUGGAGGCCAGGAGACUUUUAUUGGGACCGGACGUGUUUUAAACAUUAAAGCUUCUGAAGUCAGUGGUCCUUUUUUCUGCAAGGCUGAAAAUGAUCUUGGAGCUGGACGAUCCAACAUCAGUCAAAUAGACGUUCAGUAUUCACCCAAACACACCACAGUGUCAGUCAGUCCCUCUGGUCCAGUACCAGAAGACAGCACUGUGACUCUGACAUGCAGUAGUACUGCCAACCCAGCAGUAAGGACCUACACCUGGUACAGAGCUGAUGGAGGCCAGGAGACUUUUAUUGGGACUGGACGUGUUUUAAAUAUUGAAGCUUCUGAAGUCAGUGGUCCUUUUUUCUGCAAGGCUGAAAAUGAUCUUGGAGCUGGACGAUCCAACAUCAGUCAAAUAGACGUUCAGUAUUCACCCAAACACACCACAGUGUCAGUCAGUCCCUCUGGUCCAGUACCAGAAGACAGCACUGUGACUCUGACAUGCAGUAGUACUGCCAACCCAGCAGUAAGGAACUACACCUGGUACAGAGCUGAUGGAGGCCAGGAGACUUUUAUUGGGACUGGACGUGUUUUAAACAUUAAAGCUUCUGAAGUCAGUGGUCCUUUUUUCUGCAAGGCUGAAAAUGAUCUUGGAGCUAGACGAUCCAACAUCAGUCAAAUAGACGUUCAGUAUUCACCCAAACACACCACAGUGUCAGUCAGUCCCUCUGGUCCAGUACCAGAAGACAGCACUGUGACUCUGACAUGCAGUAGUACUGCCAACCCAGCAGUAAGGAACUACACCUGGUACAGAGCUGAUGGAGGCCAGGAGACUUUUAUUGGGACCGGACGUGUUUUAAACAUUAAAGCUUCUGAAGUCAGUGGUCCUUUUUUCUGCAAGGCUGAAAAUGAUCUUGGAGCUGGACGAUCCAACAUCAGUCAAAUAGAUGUUCAGUAUUCACCCAAACACACCACAAUGUCAGUCAGUCCCUCUGGUCCAGUACCAGAAGACAGCAAUGUGACUCUGACAUGCAGUAGUACUGCCAACCCAGCAGUAAGGAACUACACCUGGUACAGAGCUGAUGGAGGCCAGGAGACUUUUAUUGGGACCGGACAUGUUUUAAACAUUAAAGCUUCUGAAGUCAGUGGUCCUUUUUUCUGCAAGGCUGAAAAUAAUCUUGGAGCUGGACGAUCAAACAUCAGUCAAAUAGAUGUUCAGUAUUCACCCAAACACACCACAGUGUCAGUCAGUCCUUCUGGUCCAGUACCAGAAGACAGCAAUGUGACUCUGACAUGCAGUAGUACUGCCAACCCAGCAGUAAGGAACUACACCUGGUACAGAGCUGAUGGAGGCCAGGAGACUUUUAUUGGGACCGGACCUGUUUUAAACAUUAAAGCUUCUGAAGUCAGUGGUCCUUUUUUCUGCAAGGCUGAAAAUGAUCUUGGAGCUGGACAAUCCAACAUCAGUCAAAUAGACGUUCAGUAUUCCCCCAAAAACACCACAGUGUCAGUCAGUCCUUCUGGUCCAGUACCAGAAGACAGCAAUGUGACUCUGACAUGCAGUAGUACUGCCAACCCAGCAGUAAGGAACUACACCUGGUACAGAGCUGAUGGAGGCCAGGAGACUUUUAUUGGGACCGGACCUGUUUUAAACAUUAAAGCUUCUGAAGUCAGUGGUCCUUUUUUCUGCAAGGCUGAAAAUGAUCUUGGAGCUGGACGAUCCAACAUCAGUCAAAUAGACGUUCAGUAUUCACCCAAACACACCACAGUGUCAGUCAGUCCCUCUGGUCCAGUACCAGAAGACAGCACUGUGACUCUGACAUGCAGUAGUACUGCCAACCCAGCAGUAAGGAACUACACCUGGUACAGAGCUGAUGGAGGCCAGGAGACUUUUAUUGGGACCGGACGUGUUUUAAACAUUAAAGCUUCUGAAGUCAGUGGUCCUUUUUUCUGCAAGGCUGAAAAUGAUCUUGGAGCUGGACGAUCCAACAUCAGUCAAAUAGACGUUCAGUAUUCACCCAAACACACCACAGUGUCAGUCAGUCCCUCUGGUCCAGUACCAGAAGACAGCACUGUGACUCUGACAUGCAGUAGUACUGCCAACCCAGCAGUAAGGAACUACACCUGGUACAGAGCUGAUGGAGGCCAGGAGACUUUUAUUGGGACCGGACCUGUUUUAAACAUUAAAGCUUCUGAAGUCAGUGGUCCUUUUUUCUGCAAGGCUGAAAAUGAUCUUGGAGCUGGACGAUCCAACAUCAGUCAAAUAUAUGUUCAGUAUUCACCCAAACACACCACAGUGUCAGUCAGUCCCUCUGGUCCAGUACCAGAAGACAGCAAUGUGACUCUGACAUGCAGUAGUACUGCCAACCCAGCAGUAAGGAACUACACCUGGUACAGAGCUGAUGGAGGCCAGGAGACUUUUAUUGGGACCGGACCUGUUUUAAACAUUAAAGCUUCUGAAGUCAGUGGUCCUUUUUUCUGCAAGGCUGAAAAUGAUCUUGGAGCUGGACGAUCCAACAUCAAUCAAGUAAAGGUUCAGUAUUCACCCAAACACACCACAGUGUCAGUCAGUCCCUCUGGUCCAGUACCAGAAGACAGCAAUGUGACUCUGACAUGCAGUAGUACUGCCAACCCAGCAGUAAGGAACUACACCUGGUACAGAGCUGAUGGAGGCCAGGAGACUUUUAUUGGGACCGGACCUGUUUUAAACAUUAAAGCUUCUGAAGUCAGCGGUCCUUUUUUCUGCAAGGCUGAAAAUGAUCUUGGAGCUGGACGAUCCCAUAUCAGUCAAAUAGACGUUCAGUUUGCUCCACAGAUCCUGUUCUCCUCUGAUUGCACCAAAACUGCAGACCAGCUCAACUGUUCCUGUGAGACUGUGGGAAAGCCUUCUCCCACUUUACAGUGGUAUUUGGAUGGGUUACCUUUCAAUCACUCGGACAAGUUUGCAAUCAGCAAUAAGCCUCUGAAUGAGACAAGUCUGAGGAGCAUCAUCACUGUGAAUCAACCACAAUGGAGGAAUCUUUCCACUUUGUUCUGCCGCAGCUCCAACUCUGUGGGAUCUGCUACUCAGAGGUUUUAUGUCUACAGUGUUGAGCCUCAAACAUCUGCACAAAGUCACGACCAAGUGAAAAUGACAGUCUCCAUCAUCAUAGUUGUCGCACUGCUAGUAGUAGUAUGUGCUCUGCUGUUAGUCAUCAGAGCUCAGAAGACUCGCCAUAACCUUCCUAAGGGCACCGUCGUUGUGAGUGAACUUCUAACAAGUGGAGAAGGAAACGAGGUACCCAACACAACAGAAGACGACAUUUAUGUCAACGCCAGUGUGCUGAGACAGGAAGACGUCGCCCAUCCUGCAGCUGUCUCUGAGCCAAACAACGGCGACUCGCCAAGCUCUGGGCCAAACAAUGCAGAAGGAGCCGAUAAAAACUCAGAGAAGAAGAAUGAAGGAGGCAGCGACGUGGUUUACGCGAGUGUGGACUGGAAGAGCAAGAGCAAGAAGAAGAAGAAGGAAGAAGACGCUGUGGACAUGGAUCAGCCUGGUAGCUCCUAUCUUGAGGAGGAGAGGUGCAUGGUGGGAGGCAUGAGCAGAAAUUAUGUGAGCAAUGCAAUGGAGAUGGGAAGCCUAUAUGACAAUGUAGAGCCUAGAAAUGUGAAGAGGGAAGUGGAAUGUGAAUAUGCCCAGGUUCAAUUUAAAAAAAAAAGUGAGAAGAAAUAGAUCACACUUCUAUAUUGCUCUGCCUAUUUUUAAAACAAUAUAUUCAGAAUGUCUUGUUCUCUUGUACAUACGUUUCCAUACGUUUUCCAUUUGCUUUUUGUUGUUGCUUUGAAACAGAAUUUCAAAUGUACAGAAUUAUGUUUAAUUGUUUUUAAGUUCAUGGUGUUUUUAACAUUGUGCAGAUUUUGUGUCACUGAAUAAUUUUGUUUUAUGUGCAUAAUAUACUGUAUUUUUAUAUAUAAUUUUAAGUCAUAUAAUUAUGUUUGGCAUGUGUAAAUUGACAGAUACUCUUCUGUUUUACAUCUAUUUAGUAGUUUUGGGAUAUUUUGUUUAUUAUAUUAUUUUGAACAUUAGAUUUUUGUUGAAACAUACCUUGCUGUAGGUGUAUAAACGCAAAAAAGAGCACAAUAAAUAAAAAAAUAUAUGGUCUCUA